UUGCAGGUAUUCGACGUGAUUUUAAACAACAAGCAUGCAGUUGUAAAGGAGCUUGAUAUUUUUCAUCAAGUCGGCCGUGGGACUGCUCACGAAGGGUACGUUCAUUUUAGGGUAUCCAACGAUCGCCUCUUCUACAAAGAUGAACAGUCCGAUAUCCGCAAUGGUGUCGUUCGUUUAGAUUUUAUUAAGGGCCCUUACGAUAAUCCUAAAAUUAAUGCCUUUGCCUUGCUCAAAGGUGACGUGGCGAAUAUACCACGCUUGCCGCCAACAUCCGAUGAUAUUCUCCCAAUGGAUGCCGACAUGGCAGUUUUCAAUGAUCGCAUCUCUGCUGAUAGUGGUAGCAGCGAAGGAGCUGCUGAACAAACACAAGAGCAUCAACAGCGAAUUAGAAAUGCUGCUUCCUCGCCGGUGAAUGAUGCCACGCUGGACGAAGACGAAGAGAAGGAUAUCGAAGUUGAAUCCGUGCCAUCAACGCGGAAAGUUAGUGGUCCGAGACAACCGAAUCCUUAUUCCAUGGAUGAUUCAUCAGUUAUGCUGCCGGUUUUCAUAGCCAUUGGAGCAUUCAUACCUUUGCUUUUCUGCCUCUGCAAGUUGUGAUGGGUUCGACUUACAACAACAUAGAAUAGAAGAUUAGGAGCUGUUCCAUUGGGGUUCGGAAGUGAUCUAGAAAAAAACGAAAGUGUACAAGAUAAAGCGGUAUUGUGAUCUUUGCAACUUCAGUCCGGUAUCCGGAUAUAAAAAAGGGUGGUAUAUAUUUAUCAACGAAAAUUACUUCAUGUCGAAGCGCUAUUUACAUAAAUGCCUAUCGCUGCCUGAAAGUUUUCCUUGUUUGCUCCCUACAUACUACUGUACUACUCGAUCUCCUUCGUGUCGUUUUUAUUUAUUGUCAAUAUUUGAUUAUGCUAUUAGCACUGAGAAGGUGUGCACUGGUAGCUAAAUUAAGCAUUUAUAUCUGUUUAAACUCAUAAGGCACAAUACGUACUAACUGCAAACGCUUGUA